GCGGGACACGUGGUGCCGGGGAGGACACACACACUGAUCCCAUUGUUCCCAUCACUCAGCCGGCCAGCAGCUCCUGACAAAGGGCCGGCACUCUCCCCGCACACAGCCCGAGCAGCGGACAGAGCCCUCACCCAGCCGGGAGCAGUGACCUACAUACAGCGAUCAUGCCCAGGAAGAAGGUGACCGCAGGACCCGGGAACGGAGCCGCCCGGCCUGGAGGCCGGAAGAGAGCUGGGGCCUCAGGUAGGAAGAGAGGCCGCAAUGACUUCAGCAGUGACGACGACGACCUGGAUGGGAGCACAGGGUCAGACGGCGGCUUCCAGGGUCCGAACAGCAAGCGUGGCCCUGGGAAGGGAACCGGCAAAGCCCCGGCUGCGGCUGUCAUCGUCAACGAGCCUGACCACAGCAAGGAGAAGAUCAAACUUGAAGGUUCUAAAGCGAAAGGUCAACUCUUGAUCUUUGGAGCGACCAAUUGGGACCUGAUUGGACGUAAAGAAGUGCCUAAGCAGCAAGCUGCCUACCGUAACCUGGGCCAGAACCUUUGGGGGCCGCACAGAUAUGGCUGCCUGUCGGGCAUCCAGGUCCGGAGUGUAGCGUCUGGUCCUUGUGCUGCUCACAGUCUGCUUAUUACCACCGAGGGCAAGUUGUGGAGUUGGGGACGCAAUGAAAAAGGCCAGCUGGGUCACGGAGACAUAAAACGAGUGGAUGCCCCCAAACUGGUUGAGAGUCUGAAGGAUGAAGCGUUCGUGUACGCAGCCUGCGGGAGGAACCACACGCUGGCGCUGACAGAAACUGGAUCGGUUUACGCCUUUGGAGAAAAUAAAAUGGGUCAGCUCGGUCUGGGGAAUAAGACUGACGCGGUGUCUAGUCCGGCUCAGAUCCUGUAUAACGGGCAGCCCAUCACUAAAGUGUCCUGCGGAGCAGAGUUCAGUAUGAUCAUGGACUGCAAGGGAAACCUGUACUCUUUCGGCUGCCCGGAGUACGGACAGUUAGGUCACAACUCUGACGGAAAGUACAUAGCCCGGGCGCAGCGAAUAGAGUACGACUGCGAGCUGAUACCCCGCAGGAUUGCCAUAUUCAUAGAGAAGACAAAGGACGGACAAGUCCUGCCGGUACCGAAUGUGGUAGUGCGAGACGUAGCCUGCGGCAUAAAUCAUUCGCUGGUGCUGGACUCGCAGAAACGCGUCUUCUCCUGGGGCUUUGGCGGGUACGGCCGGCUGGGACAUACUGAGCAGAAAGAUGAGAUGGUCCCGCGACUCGUCAAACUGUUUGACUUCCCAGGCCGCGGCGCCUCUCAGAUCUAUGCUGGCUCUACCUGCUCCUUUGCCGUCAGCGAGAUGGGUGGACUGUUCUUCUGGGGAGCUACAAACACGUCUCGUGAUUCCACCAUGUACCCCAAAAGUGUGCAGGAUCUGUGUGGCUGGAAGGUUCGGAACUUGGCCUGUGGAAAAAGCAGUAUUAUAUUGGCCGCAGAUGAAACUACAAUCAGCUGGGGACCCUCGCCAACCUUCGGAGAGCUGGGCUAUGGGGACAACAAGGCCAAAUCCUCCACCACCGCUCAGGAAGUAAAAACGUUAGACGGCAUCUACUCAGAGCAGGUUGCAAUGGGAUACUCGCACACCCUGAUUGUUGCACGGGAUGAAACUGAGCAGGACAAAGAGAAGCUGAAGAAACUCCCGGAAUACAAUCCUCGCAGUCUGUGAUAUGUUAGCCCUCUACUCGGGUAGGGGACGUAGCUCACCAACCACUUCUCUCACACACUCCUUGUUGACCCCUGUAGUGCCCCUGCUACUGCAGGUCAGUCUGACACUGACAGGGGUAAGGCAGCUGAAUCUACCCCGAGGGUACUGGAAAUCAUUCCACAUUCCUUCCCAAUUUUUUCCCUCAACUCGAUUUUUUUUCCAGGAAACUGCAAUCUUUAAUGCUCUGAACCAGACGCGUUUCGCCACAUCUAUGUGGAAACUGGACAGACAGACCUCCUGCUUAAAGAGCGGAACACUGGAACCUGACUGGUCCCUUUCUCCGCCAUAAGCGACUUCUCCAAGCUACACACCUAUCCCUAUCUCCCCACCACCCACCUUACAGCGCCUGCUCUCCCAACGCUGAUGAAAAGCAGAGAAUGGUUGGCGCCGAGUUACGAGUUUUCCGGGAAUUGGUGCCUUGCGAAUGAGUGUUACUGGCAGCGUGAGCGGGCUCCGUUCCUGCAGUGCUGCACUUCUGGUGCCUUUCCUACACACGUGGUCUGCGCGCACCGCGCUUCACAUUCCACCUGUGUCACCAGCCUUGUUACAUAGCCGUUAUUAAGCUUUUAUUUUUUAUUUUUGUUAGGAAAAUAAAAUUCCCUCCUUAUGGAAAGCGUUAGUCAUUCACCCCUUGGCAACGACCUACCGGCGUAAACCAGCAUGCAGCUCUCAUCAGCGAGGGGCCGGUUUGAAAACAGAACUUGGUGGUUGCACUCAGCGCUGCAUCUCCAGCUGCUCCUCGUUCUGUUUUGGUCGGAGCCGCCUCCUUCCGCGCAGAGUUUACACGUUUACGGAUUAUUUGUACAGAAUGGCAAUAAACGGAUUUCAAUUCGCUCUCCGAUCUGCAGUGUCCCUAGUUUUAGUUUGCGCACUUGUGAUCAUUCCAUAAAUGGCAGCAGAUGCGGUUUUGUGCUGGUUUUUUUUUUGUGUUAAAUAUAUUUUACAUCCAGCGCUGUCUACACAUUAAUUGUACAGAUUCGUCUUGGAAGUGACCUCAUGGUGAAUGAGCAGUUUGUAAGUCGCAGUCACGUCUACCCGUGGUGGUCAGACAUCCUUUUAUGUGAGGUUACAGGGUCCAGGGGCUACUAUUUUAUCUUAUUUUGCGUUUUAUAUUUCUCAAGUUCAUUGUCUGAAUAAAAUACGUCUUUGUGUA